UCCGUCGCCUUUGGAAAAUAUCUCGUCUCACACAGUUUGCGAGAAGCAAAAUGGCACACAGUGCUCGUUUGAGUCUCGUCUUGGCCAUAAGGAGAAGUGAGGUGGAGGAUAAGCGAAUCGUUACGGGGACGCGCGUCAUGUGCUGCAAGGCUUGAGCACGAGCGUUAAAUUGAUCAGAUGCUCUUAACACGCCAGCUGAUCUGAGGAGGAUUGCGCUCGUUUUCGAUUUUUUCCGACAAAAAUCAAACUUUUAAACCCGAAAAAAAUAUCUCGUCGUCCACCGAAGCGACAGAAACCUCCUCGAAGAGGAGCAUUUUGGGGUACUUCAGGAUAUGGGUGCCUCUUGGUUCUUCUCGGUUACCAAAGAAGAUGCGAGCUCGAGCUUCAAUCCACGCGCUCCAGCGCCUCUCCAAAACUGAUGAUGCUCCUUUCAACGACCACCGUCGGAUUUUUCCCGUCUUGGAUUUGUCUACAGAUUCUGGAGUAUAGAUGAUAGUUGUUUUUAGCGAGGAAUUGAGGGAGAAACCGCGACAUAUCAUCAUUAUAUCUUGACAUGGUGUUUUUUGCUUUCCCAGAGCGCGCUCACGCCCACCGUGUUGGACCGAUGUGGCUGUAAAAAAAAAAAAGCAAAUAAACUUAAAUGACUGAAAUCAACAAAUGUCACCGAGGUGUGGAUUUUUUUGGGGAGGCCCCGUCGUCUGCAUUUGCCAGAGUAAUUCGAGAGUUUUGCGUAGGGGAGGCUGAAUAUUGCCAUAGUAGCCUGUACCCAACAUUGCGGAUACCACAAAAAUAAAUAAACUAUUAAAAGGUUUUCACCAUUUUUUUCUAUUCUAUUUCUGUCUUGUGGAUGUGAAGAAAAAAAAUAGAAUUCAACUAUUUGAGAAAAACACAUUAGACCUGAUGUAGUUGAUGCCAAUUUACAUGUAAUGUAUUAACGCAAGUAUGCUAAAAGGAUCUGUUUGUACACCUUACAAAUGGCAAGACGACCCGCACCGAGCUGUUGAGACGGGAAAUACUUCUUAAAAUGUGGAUCCCACCCUCCUGAGGAAGAUAAUCCGUCGACAUUUUAUCUCUUUAUGUUUGACUAUUUGUUUGACUAUUUGUUGAGCUGACUGCACGAUUGAAAGGACACACUCCCAUCUAUCCAUCCAUCAAUCUCGUUAUCUGAGUCCUUUUUUGGCGCUGACACACUCUCUUACACACAUUCCCCCAUCCACUGAUCUUGUUUGGUGCUUUAUGAUGGACAUUUCUUAGCCAUGGAGAUCAGAUCUGAAUGUCUGUGUGCUCUAUGCUGAGGCGAAUGGGGUGUAAUGUUGUGUUGUCACCCUGAGUCUUCACCCCCUUCUCGGCUGCUUCGUAACGAUUGGCGUUUGGUGUCUACAGAAUGGCUCGGUUCGGAGACGAAGUGCCGGGCAGGUAUGGCGGUGGGGGCUCCGGUCAGGGGGGACCCGGCCGCGGCGGCAGCAGGCAGGGUGGCCCGCCAGGCGCCCAAAGGAUGUAUAAGCAAUCGAUGGCCCAGAGGGCCCGGACCAUGGCCCUCUAUAACCCAAUCCCGGUCCGACAGAACUGCCUGACGGUCAACCGCUCUCUGUUUCUCUUCAGUGAAGACAACAUAGUGAGAAAAUACGCCAAAAAGAUCACCGAAUGGCCUCCAUUUGAGUGGAUGAUUCUGACCACCAUCAUUGCCAACUGCAUCGUACUGGCUCUUGAACAACACUUACCAGAUGGAGACAAAACUCCACUGUCAGAACGACUGGAAGAUACAGAGCCCUAUUUCAUUGCAAUUUUCUGCUUCGAGUCGGGCAUUAAGAUUCUUGCACUGGGAUUUGCCUUCCACAAGGGCUCCUACCUGAGAAACGGCUGGAACGUGAUGGACUUUGUAGUGGUGCUCACUGGUAUCCUGUCCUCCGUGGGGUCAGAAUUAGACCUGCGGACAUUGCGAGCAGUCAGAGUGUUGCGGCCCCUAAAACUGGUGUCAGGAAUUCCAAGCCUGCAGGUGGUGCUGAAGUCUAUUAUGAAGGCUAUGAUUCCACUACUGCAAAUUGGCGUGCUCUUAUUCGUGGCCAUCCUUAUGUUUGCCAUCAUUGGCCUGGAGUUCUACAUGGGCAAAUUCCACCAAACCUGCUUCGACAGUAUCACAGGUGAGAUGGCUGAUGAACAGCCCUGUGGUAAGGAAUUUCCCGCUCGAGUGUGUCAGAAUGGGUCGGUGUGUGAUGUGUACUGGCUUGGGCCAAACUAUGGCAUCACACAGUUUGACAACGUCCUCUUUGCCGUGCUCACUGUUUUCCAGUGCAUCACCAUGGAGGGUUGGACUGACAUGCUUUAUUACAGUAAUGAUGCCUUAGGGAGUGCUUGGAACUGGAUGUACUAUGUUCCUCUCAUCAUCAUCGGAUCCUUCUUCAUGCUUAAUCUGGUUUUGGGUGUCCUCUCGGGUGAGUUUGCCAAAGAAAGAGAGCGUGUGGAGAACAGGAGCGAGUUCCUCAAGCUUAAACGUCAGCAGCAGAUUGAGAGAGAGCUCAAUGGAUAUCUGGAGUGGAUCUGUAAAGCAGAAGAAGUCAUACUCGCAGAGGACGACGAUGGCACCGGAUCUCGCCGCAGGCCCAUCAUAAAGAAAAACAAAGCUGACCUGUUAAAUCCAGAAGGAGUAGAGGACCACAUGGGAGAUGCAGUUGGUAAGAAUCAUUCAGAUCCUAAGGAAGUCAACUCAUUUCAUGAAUUAAAAUGUUUCUUUCUUUUCUAUGUGUGUAUAUUCUUAGGCUCACCUUUUGCUCGUGGGAGCAUAAAGAGUGGAAAGGGAGAUGGGACCGCAUUUAGCAAGAAAGAGCGACGUCUUCGCUUCUUCAUUCGAAAGAUUGUAAAGACUCAGGCGUUCUACUGGACUGUCCUCAGCCUGGUGGGACUCAACACACUGUGUGUGGCUGUGGUACACUACGAUCAGCCCGAACUACUGUCGGACUUCCUCUAUUAUGCUGAGUUCAUUUUCCUAGGCCUCUUUAUGUCAGAGAUGCUGAUUAAGAUGUACGGACUGGGGACGCGCCCUUAUUUCCACUCCUCUUUCAACUGUUUCGACUGUGCCGUCAUCGUUGGCAGCAUAUUUGAGGUGCUCUGGGCCAUGGUCAAACCAGGGACGUCCUUUGGAAUCAGCGUGUUACGAGCUCUCCGACUGCUUAGGAUCUUCAAAGUCACCAAAUACUGGGCAUCUUUGCGUAAUCUGGUAGUGUCGCUUCUGAACUCCAUGAAGUCCAUUAUCAGUUUACUUUUCCUUCUCUUCCUCUUCAUCGUGGUCUUUGCUCUUCUCGGGAUGCAGCUGUUCGGUGGACAGUUUAACUUUGAGCAAGGCACUCCUCCCACAAACUUUGAUACGUUCCCUGCUGCCAUUAUGACAGUGUUUCAGAUUCUAACCGGAGAGGAUUGGAAUGUAGUGAUGUAUGACGGGAUUAAGUCUCAGGGAGGGGUGGACAAAGGAAUGAUCUUCUCCGUAUUCUUCAUUGUCCUAACACUCUUUGGCAACUACACACUACUGAAUGUAUUCUUGGCUAUCGCUGUGGACAACUUGGCCAACGCUCAGGAACUAACUAAGGAUGAACAAGAAGAAGAGGAGGCCACAACACAAAAGAUUGCUCUCCAGAAAGCGAAAGAAGUGGCGGAAGUGAGCCCGAUGUCUGCUGCCAACCUGUCUAUAGCUGUAGUUACAGUAAAAUCUGAACGUAUCGAUGCCACAGACAGUUUACUGGACUGUAAAGAGCAGCAGAAGAACUCAAAAGGUUCCAAGACAGUGUGGGAGCAGCGCACAAAUGAGAUCCGCAGACAGAACCUGAUGACCAGCAGAGAGGCGCUUUACAAUGAACUUGAUGCAGAAGAUCACUGGAAGUUGAAUUACCGCAACCGUCCUGACAUGAAGACACACUUGGACCGUCCACUAGUAGUUAAUCCUCAGGAGAACCGCAACAACAAUACCAACAAGCCCCGACCGGGUGAACCAAACCCCCAGGAGCUAAACCAGCAGCGGGGUGAAGAAUACCUGCAGCACCAGUCCCGAUACCACCACCAUCACAGUCAUCAUCAUCACCAUCACCGUCACCACCACUCCAGCCGCCAGUCCCUGCACCAGCCAGAGCUGGGGGAGGCAGGCUGUGAUUGUGCCCAGAGAGGAGACGAGGACAUGGAGGGCGCAGGGGAGCACAGGCGACCCCGACACCACCAGCACCGAAGGAGGGAUGAAGAUGGAGGGAGAAAACACAGAGAACACCACAGCAGAGGGACAGAGACAGUAGAAGAAGGGGAGGAGGAACAAGAGAAGAGGCAGAGGAGGCAUCGCCAUGGAAACCAUGGGGAUGGAGAUGGAAGGAGGGAUAGAGAACGGAGUCGACAGCACAGAGCUAGAAAAGAGAGUAGCUUAUCAAUGGCUCGUCCAGUUCAGCCAGGUCUUCCUCAUGCAGAGAGCCAGUACAGUGAAGAUCUGGACAACCUGCGCAAUAGCAGCAAGAUGGCCAUCCACGACCCUGACCCUGACUUUUACGACCCCUACUGUGACCCAGAGCAGGCCAAUAACCUGCUGAACCUGCGUGGACCAGAUUUCCAUGACAGCAGUCUUAUACUGACAGACUGCAGCAAAACCCCCAGUAAACUUGACCACACUGCCAUAGAUAUGCCUCCGAUUUACCCCUCAUUCAACGCCAAGUUACAAGUGAACAAGAAUGCCAACACCGAGCCAGCUAAAGGAGGAGAGAAGAAAGAAGAGGAGGAAGACGAUGGUGGCGAUGAAGAUGGCCCCAAACCCAUUCCCCCGUUCAGUUCCUGUUUCAUCCUAUCCACAACCAACCCGUUCCGAAGAUGUUGUCAUUACAUCCUGACGCUACGUUAUUUCGAGAUGUGUAUUCUGUCAGUCAUCGCUAUGAGCAGCAUUGCUUUAGCUGCGGAAGAUCCGGUGUGGCCGGAAUCACCUCGAAACAACGUAUUGCGUUACUUUGACUACGUCUUCACGGGGGUCUUCACCUUUGAGAUGCUCAUCAAGAUGGUGGUGUUAGGCAUGGUUUUGCACGAGGGCUCAUAUUUUCGUGACCUAUGGAACUUUCUGGACUUUGUAGUGGUUAGUGGUGCCCUGGUAGCCUUUGCCUUCACGGGGAGCAGUAAGGGGAAAGACAUCAGUGUCAUCAAAUCUCUGAGGGUUCUAAGGGUACUACGUCCCUUGAAGACCAUCAAACGUCUUCCCAAACUAAAAGCUGUGUUUGACUGUGUAGUGAACUCUCUGAAGAACGUGUUGAACAUCCUCAUUGUCUACAUGCUGUUCAUGUUCAUCUUUGCUGUGGUGGCCGUGCAGCUCUUUAAGGGACGAUUCUUCUACUGCACCGACGAGUCCAAAGAGUUUGCCCGUGACUGCAGGGGCGAGUAUUUGGUGUACGAGCGCGAUAACGAGGUCAAAUCGCAGAAGCGGGAGUGGAAGAAGUACGAUUUCCACUACGACAACGUGCUUUGGGCCCUGCUUACUCUCUUUACUGUGUCCACCGGAGAGGGAUGGCCGCAGGUGUUGAAGCACUCUGUGGACUCUACCUAUGAGGACCAGGGCCCGAGCCCGGGGUACCGGAUGGAAAUGUCCAUCUUUUACGUGGUGUACUUCGUUGUCUUCCCCUUCUUCUUCGUAAACAUCUUUGUAGCUCUCAUCAUCAUCACUUUCCAGGAGCAAGGAGACAAGAUGAUGGAGGACUACAGCCUCGAAAAGAACGAGAGAGCCUGUAUUGAUUUUGCUAUAAAUGCCAAACCUCUAACUCGCCACAUGCCUCAGAACAAGCAAAGCUUUCAAUACCGAAUGUGGCAGUUUGUGGUCUCGCCUCCAUUUGAGUACAGUAUCAUGUCUCUUAUUGCGCUCAACACCAUAGUCCUUAUGAUGAAGUACCAUGGGGCCCCUCCGACGUAUGAUGCAGUCCUGAAGAACCUGAAUAUAGUGUUCACCAUACUGUUCUUCAUGGAGUGUGUUCUGAAAAUCAUUGCAUUUGGUGUCCGAAAUUAUUUCCGAGACGCUUGGAAUAUUUUUGAUUUUGUUUCCGUUAUCGGCAGCAUCACUGAUAUUUUAGUGACAGAGCUUUGGGAUAACUUCAUAAACCUGAGUUUUCUGAGACUCUUCCGAGCAGCACGUCUCAUUAAGCUCUUGAGGCAGGGCGAGACCAUUCGCAUUCUACUUUGGACCUUCGUUCAAUCAUUUAAGGCUCUGCCGUAUGUGUGCCUGCUCAUUGCAAUUCUGUUCUUCAUCUAUGCCAUCAUUGGAAUGCAGUUGUUUGGGAACUUGGCGCUGGAGGAAGAUAGUGCGAUCAAUGAACACAAUAACUUCAGAACCUUCAUUAUGGCCCUGAUGCUACUCUUCAGGAGUGCCACAGGUGAGGCAUGGCAUGAGAUCAUGCUGGCGUGUCUCGGAGGAAUGGAGUGUGAUGAAAACUCUAGGAACGAGGGGCCAGAGUGCGGCAGCAACUUUGCUUAUGCCUACUUUGUCUCUUUCAUCUUCCUCUGUUCUUUCCUGAUGCUGAAUCUCUUUGUCGCUGUCAUCAUGGAUAACUUUGAGUACCUGACCAGGGAUUCCUCCAUUCUGGGUCCACAUCAUUUGGAUGAGUAUGUCAGGAUUUGGGCAGAGUACGACCCAGCAGCCUGCGGGCGCAUUCAUUAUAAGGAUAUGUACAGUUUAUUGCGGGUUAUCGACCCCCCGCUGGGCUUAGGCAAGAAAUGUCCUCAUAGGGUGGCCUGCAAGAGACUGCUACGCAUGGACCUACCUGUUGCAGAUGACAACACAGUGCAUUUCAACUCCACUCUGAUGGCUUUGAUACGCACAGCUCUGGACAUCAAAAUCGCUAAGGGAGGCGCAGACAAACACCAGAUGGACGCGGAGCUCCGUAAGGAAAUGAUGGCGAUUUGGCCAAAUCUCUCCCAGAAGAACCUGGAUCUGCUGGUAACACCACACAAGUCAGCGACAGACCUGACAGUGGGCAAAAUCUACGCCGCCAUGAUGAUCAUGGAGUACUACCGGCAGAGCAAGGCCAAAAAGCAGCAGGCACUUCGUGAGGAGCAGAACCGAACGCCAUUAAUGUUUCAGCGCUUGGAGCCAUCCCCGAACCAGGAAGGGGGACAGGGGGUGAACGGUCUCCCUGAGUUGCCGCAGGAACCUGUCAACAGCCUGCCUCUGGAGGGUGGAAUGAUCGAGAGCCAGUCGUGGGUGACAUCACGAGCCCAGGAAAUGUUCCAGAAGCCUGUUCCGGAAAACUGGAACCCUGACAGACCGUAUCCUGAAGACCAUCACGACAGCCGCCACAAUCCACAGACGGUAGAAAUGAGAGAGAUUGGGCCUGUUGGGGACGGUUACUCGGACACUGAGCCCUAUCACCCAAUGGAAGGGCAUGGGCGGACCAUCUCCAUGCCACGCCUCUCAGCAGACAACCAAAGUGUGCGUUCUGCUGCGACCAUCACAGACACAAGUCCAAUGCGCCGUUCUACAUCCUCAUUGGUCCACGGACGUUCAGGUCGAGGCGUACGAUUGGACGAUUACUCUUUGGAACGGGUGGUGUCAGAAGAGGGUCACCGACAUGUUCCGCGAAGAAGAGAACGAGAUCGAGACCGGGAGAGAGACCGCAGUCACCGUACCUCAGAGAGAUCCCUCGCUCGCUAUACAGAUGCAGACACAGGUCUGGGCACGGAUCUUAGCACAACUACACAGUCAGGUGACCUCCCACCUAAAGAGAGAGAGCGAGAACGGGGUCGUGCAAAAGACCGUCACCACCACCAUCAUCAUCACCACCACCACAGCUCAGUGGAUAAGGAGCGGUGCAGUCAUGAGCGUGACUUCCACCGCCAUCCACACGACAGAUCUGAUCGCCACUGGUCCCGCUCACCGAGUGAGGGGAGAGGGCAUAGACAGGGCAGUAGUUCUGUGAGUGGAAGCCCCGUUCCCUCGACGUCGGGGACCAGCACCCCCCGGCGUGGCCGUCGGCAGUUGCCCCAGAUACCGUCUACACCACGUCCUCAUGUCACCUACUCCCCUGCUGUCCGCAAGCCUCAAUACGGCUCCCCGGGCCAGGGUAAACUGCGUUCACCUUCCCCGCGACACUUCUCUCCAACAGGACACGAACCACCCUACCAUCGUUCACCCUCCCGCCACGCCUCGCCCCAUCACGGCUCACCCCGGCACGCCUCGCCACGCUCCCCCAGGCAGGCAUCACCCAGGUCCCCACGUCACAGUCGCUGGGGUCCGCCACCUGAUGGCCUGGAAGGCGACGGACCUUUCUACGAUCGGGACUAUGAAUAUGAGCGGCACCAUGAGCCACCUGCCUACGAGCAGAGUCUAUCACAGGGCAACCCCCACUCACAUUCACACCCAAGGACUGCUCUUCACGGGCCUCCCUCACACCCACGCCGUAUGCCUAACGGCUACCGUUCCUCCUCGCCCUCCCCGCACCGGCGUGGCCCCCACCCAGGCCCACACCGGCCACCCCAUGGCCGUGGGCCCCGGAAGGGGUUGCACGAACAAUAUAGCGAGACGGACGAGGAUGAUUGGUGUUAGUGCGCAGGGUGACCAGGAGGGGGCGCCACUGGACUUAAACCAAGAUGUUUAUGUACUGCAGCAGUGAGAGAUGGGGCAGAAGGGGAAAUACAAACAGGGCAACUGGGCCAUUGUGAGACUCUGAAAAUUGGAGCAGCACAUACAGCUCCCCAACUCCCUCUCUCUCCAGUACUUUCUCCUGCUCUCUGGACUACGUUUCCCAUGCUGCUCAACACGCAAGGGAAUGGGAGCGUAUGAGCGACAAAUGGAGUGGUUGCAUUUAGUUGGACUGUUUUUUCAAGAUCAGAGACGUUGUGUUUAAAUGCUCCACUCCAGACUGAGCAAGAACGAUUGCUUUUUGCGCGAUAAAAAAAAAAAUGAGGAGCAACAUCCUCUGUCAAUCAAAAAAAAAAAAAGGAGUUUUGAAAAUGAAGCCAGAACCCAUAUUCCCCCUCACAUCUAUGCCUCUUAAAAAGACCCCCCAAAAAAAUAAAAAGGAAAGGAAAGGAAAAAAUAGACAUUGUUGAAGAAAAGCAAGUGCUCUUGUGAACGAGAGCUCUACCUACUGCAAAACCAGCCCCAUGUGCUGGCCAAUAUUGAUGAGUUUUAUCAUCUGCGUUUACUGUUACCAACUCAAGAUGCUGAGUGACCUCAUCACCUGGGGGAGGGGUUUACUGUCAAAGAGGCGUGGCAUAUAAAAGGACACAGUACAGGGGUGAGGAAGCGGGUGGGUGUGGCACACUGAAAACCCACCCACAAACUGCCACUCGGUCCUGACAAGGAUAAGACAGCGGAAAAAGAAGGAAAUGGCAGAUGAGGGAGGGACGGAAGGACUAUUUCCUCUUCAGAAUGUCUUCAAUUGAUUAUUUCUUCUUUUCGAACAUUUGGAGCUUGGUUAUUCUGUUGCAUUUGCUCAGCUUUCUUUGAUAUUUUUGGACUUAAAUCUGAUGGAAACUUGCAUGAUUGAUUUAAAAUAUAUAUAUAAAUACAUAUAACAGACAGAAGAUUUACUGUGGGAAGGGGGGUGAUAGCUCUCUUUUUUCCGUUCAGUUGGAAGUUCUUUCUCUCAUUUUCUCCCUGUUGCUCUUGCCAUGUCUACAGAUCUUUAUGUGCAGAUGGAGUUUAUAGAAGGUGUUUUCUAUGUAAUAUCCAUCUGAGGAUCCCAGAUGAUGUUCUACACUGUUUAUUAUUACUUUGGAUUGCACUAAAAAUGAGCCUGAAUGGUGAAACCUCCCUCAUUACAGCUCUGUCAGCCAUGGCUGCGAACAGAGAGAGAAAAGGGGCGAGAGACGUUCUCCUUUCCGAAGGCUUAAUUUGCUGUUGUCAAUAACAAUAGUUUCAGAAAUGCAAUUGAUGAAGAUGACGGUGAUGCUGAUGAAGAUAGAAGUGGUCAUGUGACUUUGUUGUCUUGUUUUCGAGAGUUUUGUCUGUUGUGGCCAUCUUGUUUCCAACUCUUUGUUUUUAUUUGCGUUCUAUUCACCACAGACUGAAGACUAUAAGGAUGCGCUCCUGGUAGCAUCCUGAAGUUUACGUACUCGUGACCUCAGCUGAGUAGAAUAUUCCUAUCUGUAGUGAAUAGUUCGGGUCAGAGCUCAUGAAUGUUUCAAAAAAAGAGAGUUGGAGCAUUCAGGAUGCCCUCGGGCAGUUUCUGUGUCAGAGUUUUUCAGACAAAUUCAGGGUCCAUUCCAUAUUUAUUUCUCCACAGAAAAAGUUGGUCACACAAUGGUGUGGUCUGAAGAAACCCUUUUUAUUGAGGGUCAGUUUUAAACCCCUUGAAUUAUUUCACAGCUAAUGUAGAGUUAGUGCAAGUUAGUAUUUUGGGGGAUGAAUGUUGUUGUUUACUCUUUGUCCAUGUUGUGGUGCUGUUGCACAGCUUAAGCCAGGAUAGACUAUGGACAAACAAUCUCUUUUGAAAAUAUGGUUGCCAGAGAGGGCGCUUGCAGAACUGUCCCUCGACAGGUGACAUGGCAAGUCUGUCGAAGCUUGACUCCUUAAUUUUUAUUUUCGACAGGAGUUUUUGAGAAUUUUGACCUAGGUAGUCUUUGAUCAAGUAACUGGAAAAGAUUCUUCCACCCUGCCUUCCUGUUCCCUGCCAUGGGCAGCUACUUGUCUUUGGCUGCCUGCUCAAUCUGAGACCCUUCCCCACUUCUGCUCAGGAUACAAAAAUACAGCCAAACAUAUAUCUCACAGGCCUAUUCAGCCUCUCCUACUGUCACUGAACCCGUUCAGCUGACUCCCACCUACUGGACCAUCUCAAAACAUCAGAAAAGACCAAAUGUUUAUGAAAUAUCCCAUUACUCUCCAGAGGAGAAUUUUAUUGUGUGUAGGUUACUCUUUUAUAACUCAGGAGACUUGUGGAGCUCAGUAUCAACUCAAGUAUCAACAUUGUCUCGUGUUUCUCCUAAAUCCUUAGAAAAGAUCAAAAUAGACACAGAUGUGACAUAUGUUAAGAUGUUUUAUGAAUAUAUAGCUAUAAAAUUAACAUGGGUGGCAUGUCGUCUUUGGCUUUUGAUUGCAGACGUCAUGUUAGCAAAUCACUGAGCUUGAUUGAAACUCUCGAGGAGACACGUGUGAGAUCUUAAUCUCAGGAGAAAAAAACUCCAAAAGUCUCCCUUUUAUCUCUAGGAGAUUUUAAAGAGAUCUCAUUUAUAUUUAAGUUUAACUUUCAGUCAUUAUAUGAAACCACAAGAAUUCGCUAGGCUUUCACUUUAAGCAGAUAAAAAUAUCUCAGAAUAACUCACUGCAUUCAUCUAGUUGUGAAGUCAGUUGGGCGGUUCUGUAUUUUCUUCUUUUCUUACCUUCCUUCUCUCUCCGAGUCAUAUGAAAUCCACACUACUUGUUUUCUUGAAACGGUUUGAAUAUUGUCAUUUCAUUUGAUCCCUUUUCCUCGCCAACCCAUAUCCAAGAUUUUUAGGGAGGAAACCACUGUUUUCUGGGUGUUUGUUGAUGUUCGGCCCACAUUUACCUACAGCUGGCCCCCAGUUAGCCCCUGGUUUGAUGCCCAUGGGUCUAGAUGAACCUGCAGAGCCACAGUGCCUUCUGUUCUAGUGUCGCACACUAACCCUACCCCUGCCUCUCUUCCCUCUGCCCUCUAUCUCUCUCUUAAUGUGAUGGACUCACACUACGCCUUAACAAGUCCCUAUGUCUGCGCUUCUGCUGGGCUUUUUAAAGACAGGGAGGCACGGUUAUAUGAUGGGGGAAGAUCCAAGUUACUCUGAGAGUAAUGAAGGGAGAUGGCAACCAAGUUCUGUCAGGGUGUCCUUCUCGGCUCUCUGUGUCUUUUAGCAAUGCUUCCUCAAGUGGAUGGCAGCCAUUUUUUGAUUUGUCUCACCCUGCUCGUUCAGAGAGAUGCAUCGAACACCGGAGGGAUUGUUCUACUUCUCAGGUCUUACGCAAAAGGACAGGAAGGCUUAUUUUUGUCAGGCAUGAAGGUUUGUUAGACCUAUUGCAUGGUUAAUAUAAUUCCCAUUUAGAAGUUCUCUUGGUCUUGUAUUCUUUUGCUGAAAACACUUGAAAUGCAGGAAAUUUGCUCCAUUUUAGCUCCAGAUGUUGGAUUAUUAAUACGGUUUGAUUUGUAUUAAUAAUAAAAAAGAGAUAACAGAAGGUUGUGGUUUUUAAAGGAACGGUUCACCCAGAAAAAGGAAAAUUCUGUCAUCAUUUACUCACAUCUCAUUCUAAACUAUUAUGAUAUACUCUUCUGUAGACUAGAAAAGGAGAUAUCUUAAAGAAUUAUUCUAGUUGCUCUUUUCAGUGACGUUGAAAGGAAUAAGUAUUGAGGCUUUUAAGCUUUGAAAAGGACACAAAAGCACCAUAUAAAAUCUUGCUUUUAAAUAAAGAUUACAAGGACAUUAAUUUUUAACAAAAAAUGAGGUGCAUGGAUAAAUCAUUUAUAAUAAACAUUGCACUAGUAUGUGGCAUGGAUAAAUCAUUUAUAAUAAACAUUGCACUAUUCCAAAGUUUUAUUACAGAAUAAAUCAGCUUAUAUCUACAUCCUAGAUGAAUAAAUGAGGGUGAAUAAAUGAAUAAAUCAAGAAUUUCCAGUGUUGGGUGCGCUGUCCCUUUAAGAGUUUACAAAUAUAAUUAAGCCUGGUGCGUCAUUCUUUGGCUCUGCUUGUUCAUCAGUUUAGUUCUGACCCUCUUUUGCUGUCAGUGUCAAUGCCUUUAUUGCUUUCUGUUUUUGACUCGCAUCUUCAUUUUCUGUCUUAACAGAAAGCCAUUUUCAGUUUGCAUCAUCGUAGAUACACAACACAAUUGUAUCUGAGCAUGUCGUUUGUUUCAUAUCGUCGUAGUGGAACAAAGCUGUAUUUUCUUUCUGUUUCAUAUGAAAUAAGGGCUUUCCUUCAAUGGUUGAGUGCUGCCAAAACAAGUCACCCUCUAUGUAGCUACACCACUUUGUGUGGUCUCCCUUUGUACAGAACAGAAUUACAUGUGUGUGCAUGCUAAUGUGUGGGGGAACUGGAGAAAAGGGAGGGGGGUGAUGGGUAAUGUAGUUUUUCCCUGUACGUAUGAGAGUGAGAACUUGAGGCACAGCUGUGGCCAGCACAGGCAAUGUGCAUGCCAAAAAAAAAAAAACACACACACAAAAAAAAAAAUCUAAUUAUAUUGUGCACCUAUGGUAAUUUAGUGCUGGGUUUGCCAAUCCAUUUCUGCUCAGCAUUUACCACGGCAUACUCCAUUAUCAUCCUCAUCUGAUCCAAAUCCAAGAUCGGAUACGAGUCCAUCUCCACUUUUUCCAGAAGAUUGGAGGGUUGGGUUCAUCCAUGUGACAGUGGGACGGUCGUCUGUGAGUGUGUGUGUGCACGAGUGUCUGCGAGCUGAUUUGAAGGCAAGUCGUUUUAUAGUGCCUUAAAUGAACAGUUUCCCAUCGCUGUUACACGACCGUAGAUACGAAGCCAUGGCGAAAGCGAAGAGGGUCAUCAUGUUUGUACCUCGACUGUCUAUCCAUGUCCAUUUAAGUUACUUUGUUGGGCCUAUCAAUCUCUAUCUCUUCUGUAACUCUUGUAUAUCUCAUUCAUAAACUUCCUGUAACACUCUGUGCUUUCGUUCUCUUUCUUCAGCAUUGCCGUGAUCCUUUCUAUUUCAUUUCCUCCUCUUCUUUAUGCGUGUCAUGGUUUCUUCAUUCAAACGCAUUGCUAAUUCAAUAUUGAGCUUAUAUUGUUAAUUAAUACAGAAGAAAUAUAAUUUUCAUAUAUAUGUAAUAAUAGUAAUUCUCAUAGUAACAAUAAUUAAAAAAUAGUUAUUACAUAGUCAUAAUUAUAAUAACAUAACACAAUUAUUACACAAUUUGAGUUGCGAGCACAGUUAAAUUUCAUAAUUUACUGUCAUGCCAAUCCAAACCUGCAUGACUUUCUUUCUUCUGUGGAGCACAAAAGAAGAUAUUUCAUAACAAUAUCAGUAUUUGUAGUGUGUACAAUGAUAGUCAGUGGGGUCCAAUGUUGCUGUUUCCUUCAAAAUAUCUUCUUUCCGCAAAUGGAAAGAAAGUCAUACGAUAUUAGGGUGAGUUGAUGACAGUUUUCGGUUUUAAGUGAAAGAUCCCUUUAAGUGGACCAAUGUCAGAAUAGAUACUUUGCUCUCAACUAAAAACAAAAAACCUUGUAGAAUUAAAAGAGAGAAACCAACAGAUUUAACUUAGAAGAGAUUUCACUUAAUGUUGCGGUUCUGGAUCACAAGACAGGAAGUGCGUUUUCAGCCCCGUCAGCAGGAGUGGGUUUCUUCACAGCACUGUUGAAGGGGAAAUAAGCGUGUGGUGUGAAUGUGUGAGUAUGUGGGGAGUUCCUGCAAGCGUGCAACCACUGUCACCGUGACACCCACAAACCCGUCCCAUCUCUACUUAAUCACCCAUAUCCCACCCGCCAUCCAUAUUACUAUUGACCUGAACCAUUUAAAAGCAAAAGAGGACGUUUAAAGAGAAAAAAAGACCAUGAUAAAGAGAGGUAUUUAAUUACUGAUUUGCAUGUGCAACGUGCAUGCCACUAUGUGGGUUAACAAGUCAACUUCAGGAAUUAUAAAAUAUAAAAAGAAAUAUAAAGAAAAAGAGUAUAUAUAUGUAUAAAUAUAUAAAUAUAGUUAGAUGUUUUUAUGAGCAAUGUGUUCCUUUUUUCUUCUAUUUUUAAAAAUGAAAACGACAAAAAAAAGAGCACCAAGAGGGGAGAAAAUAAUAAUAAUACAGGAAACAUGAUAAAACUCAUAGAAUGUUUGUUUUUUUAAUGCCAACUGUUCUCUGAGAAUCUUGGGUAAGGUGAGCACACAACAUUCUGUGGAAAUGUAUUACAGAAUUUUGAAAAAAAAUAAAAAUAGACUCUAAGUAAGAGGGACUGCACAUCACUCUGAUUUAAGAAGAAAUCCAAAACCCUUUUGCUGAUGUUGAGCUGUGAAAGAGGCUGCCUGAACCUGGUGAUGUUAUACAUUUAUUCUGGCUAUGAAAAAUCCCCCCUUUUUCUCUCUCUUCCUCUGUCUCUCUAUCUCUCUGAUAUUUCUACCAGUGCAUUUUGUAAUUCCGAACAGAUCUCUUCCUAAAGAACCUGAAUAAAAACCAGAGAGAAUGCAUUCUAAA